AUGAAGAGGCCAAUGCCCUGGAAUGAACAAGUAGAUGUUAUAUCAUCAGGUGAAUCUUCUUCCUCUGAUUCAGAAGCAGCAGUACAAAAUGAUGGAUAUGAGUUCAAGCCUUCCCUAGACGAUUUCAAAAUCCCUGCCAAAGAAAUGACAUCUGAAGGUAUGUUGAUGAAAAGGGCGGAAAUGUAUCAAGAAUACAUGAAACAGAUCCAAAUCCCAGCACAACGUGGUUCUGUGAUACCAUUUACAACUUGGAUGGGUUUAGGCAAAUCUAUAAAGCAACUUUAUGGCCAACCUUUGCAUUACUUGACUAACAUUCUACUCAAACAAUGGGAUCAAUUACGGUUAGGAAGUGCGGAUGAAUAUAAGCCAUUGGAUACUGUAAUUCAUCCGAGUAAAGCUGAAGCAACUGUAUGGCUGGUUGAAGAGAUUCAUAGGCGCACCUCAUCACAUCAUCAUGUUGCUAAACUCUGGUUAUCAGACCCGAUGCACGAAGCGUACGUUGACUCCAUUUUCCCCCAACUAUGAAGGCUGCUUUCAGUUUUGUUCUGCUCUGUGUUGAUAUUAUAACAUUUUCUAGAAGGCUAACAUGUCAGUGACAAUGUGAAUUGUAAUAGAAACAGCAUAGUUCUUUCGUCACACUGCACUUCACUAUGAAGAAGCUCGAGCAUUGCUUCUUCUGUCCAUUGUUGCCAUCUGUCUGUUCACUAGUUGACUGCAUUUACUUUUGUAGCAAAGAACGAAUGUAAAUCAAUAUUGGAGAUGCAUAUUUAUCUUA